AUGUGGUUCGAAGAGCGCAGCUGGUCCAACAUGAAAAGCGAUCUUGUGGAGGAGUGGAGAGACCUGUGGUCCCUUAAGGUGGAGUUCACCGUGACCGCAGCGGCUUAUGUCUGCGCGACGACAAACUUUUUGAAUCUGCCCAAGUUGAUCCUGGAAAAUGGCGGAGUUGCUUUUGUUUCUGCGUAUGGUGCUGCUCUACUUCUCUGCGUGAUCCCGAUCAUUAUCCUCGAGUUAGCGGUGGGCCAGUUGACGGGUCGGGCUCCUGUUGGGGCGUUUUUCACGCUAUGUCCGAUUUCGAAAGGCGUCGGAGUCGCACAAACGCUCCUUUGUAUCGUCGUCUUGGCCACAAUGACGCGAUACUUGGGAAUGUUGCUGCUCUUCUUCUACUACCUAUUUUGGUCGCUGAAGGAGGAACGGCAAGAUCUUCCUUGGCUAAAAUGCCGUGGCUUUCCGGAAUUCAUCGCUUCCGGAGCGGCGUGUCGUGAUGCCGGCCAGCUGACCAACUUGACGGUUGAUGCUCACACAAAGCUGCAAACGCUCAAUCAGGAAAGCUCUAUGAUGCACUUCUUGAACACUAUCGAUCCGGCCUCUUCGUCAAUUGCCGAGUUUGUCGACUUCAACUUCUCCGUCCUGUUCAGCCACGCAGCCGUCUGGAUCGGCGUCUUCCUGAUCAUCUGCUUCGGCGUCCGGUUCAUUGGAAAGGCGGUCCCAAUCCUUCUGAUCGGGGCCUUCUCGACGAUGCUGGCGCUCGUGAUCCGGGCAUUGACUGUGGAAGGGCUGUCGGAAAUUGUGAACGUCUAUUGGAAGGCUACGGACUGGACUCGACUCCAAGAUUACACAGUCUGGGCGCUGGCUGCGGAGCAGGCGUUGAUGGCAUGCGGUGUCGGAUUCGGUGUCUUCAUCACGAUGGGCAGUUAUAAUAAGCGAACGAAUAACCUUGUCGGCGACUCCUUCGUCAUCGUCUUUGCCCACUGCGUUUUCACAAUAAUGCAGGUGGCCACCGUUAUUGGGUUGGUCGGCUAUGUUUCUGCGAGAACCGGACUACCACCCAGUGAAUUAAUGGCAAAAGGAGAACAACAACUCUACUACAUCCUCGCCUAUUUCUCGCAUUUGCCCCACUACGUUUUGUGGAGCGGAAUUUUCCUCUUCUCAUCCAUUGUCGUCCUUUAUAAUAUUUUUGCGUUGCUGUCCCUCUCGAUCCUGUCGACGCUGGAGGAUGCGCUCGGAGAAAGGGGGUUUUCUGAAAUGAAUUUGGAUAAAGUAAAACUUGCUAACCACGACCUUUUUCCGGCCGGACGUCACGCCUACGAAUUGGCCGUCGGCUCGCUGCGAUACAUCACGGUUUGGGUGAUCUUGGCGAGUGAACUGUUUGCGGUCGCUUGGAUCUACUGCAGCCAUCGACUGGGCAACGAUCUGCACUACAUCAUCUCCCCGGCUUGUUGCUGGUGCUUCGGCCAUUUCCUGCUGUUCUUCACCUACUUGUUACCUGCAGUACCAAUCGGUAUCGCCGUGUUGAAUGCGCGUCAUUACGACUUCUCAGCGUACUCGCCAGCCGUUCACGCUUGGCCCUGGAGCGAAUGGGUCGGCGCGGCCGUGGCGCUGAUUCCGCUUUUGCCGAUUGCCCUCUUUGCCAUCGCUGCCCUGCUCGGAGCUCUGUGCUAUUCUACACUCGAUGAGAGCAAGCGAGCGCGACUCUCCAAAACGGUGUCGCACCGUGUACGCCGUUUCUCUUCUGAACACUCAGCGGCGAUGCAAGCGGCAUCUCACGCUCGGUUCGCUGAUGCUCCGGGCUACAGGGACGUCCCAAUGGGAUUCCGUGACGCCCCAGGAUAUCGUCUGCUUCCACAGGCUCCGCUCGCUGAGCCCGAGCCUUUCAACGAGGCUCGC